AUGGGCACUGCUUGCUCAGUUUCCACAUCUACAGUCGCUGAGACUUUAAAGGCCCAGGAAGAGACGAACCGCACUAUACAGAAAGCUAUAAACAUUGCGAGGAAAGAGAAAAUUCUGAAAAUACUCCUACUAGGUCCAGGAGAUUCCGGGAAGAGCACAACCUUGAAGCAGAUACGGAUCAUACAUGACAAAGGGUUUACUGAUGACGAGAAAAGGCAGCGCAAAUACAUAAUCUACCUCAAUCUAAUUUCUGGAAUGACGGAAGUCAUACGAGGACUUUCUUCGUUAUCGCUUUCUUUCAAGAAUUCCGACUCAAAGGUUCUAGCGGAAAAGGUGACUAAGUACUACGAAGAAGUGAAAAACAGCGACGCGGCCGAACUUACCGAAGAUGUAGCAGAUGCAGUUGGCAGACUCCUAGAGGAUGAAUCCGUACAAUUCGUGCUGCUACAAAGUACCGACAUCCGACUUGAAGAAAGCACGAGAUAGAUACGCCAGAGAGAUUACAUUCCGUCCUUGGAAGAUAUUCUCAAAAGUCGGGUAUCCACGUCCGGAGUAUAUCAAUUCACAUUUCUGAUAAAGAACUUUACCUUCAGAAUAUUCGAUGUUGGCGGACAAAAAGCGCAGCGACGAAAGUGGAUUCAUAUUUUCGACGACGUACAUGCUGUAUUAUUUAUAACCUCGUUAGCAGACUAUAACGAAGUACUCGAGGAGGACAAUCAAACGAAUCGUAUGGAGGACGCAAUAGAUUUGUUUGAUCAAAUAUGCAACAAUGAGUGGUUUAUAAACACAGCAAUUAUCUUAUUCCUGAACAAAAUAGACUUGUUCGCCGAAAAAAUCAAGAAGAUAAACAUAACUUGUGCGCUUAAGAACUACAAAGGAGCUCAGGAAUAUCGACCUGCUCUGGAUUACAUCACAAAGAAGUUCAAACAAGUGAACAAAAAUCCUAAGAGAAGUAUAUAUACUCAUGAAACGUGUGCCACUGAUACGACGCAAAUAGGAGUUGUGAUCGAUACUGUUGCGGACGUUGUUAUACAACAAACUAUGAAAAAAGUAGGGAUACAGUGA